UGUAAAAUUUAUUUGAUUCUAAGAUUAUGGCGCCGAAACCAAUAGAUAUAAUUUGCACUAUAAGAAAAUCUAUAUUAAUUCACAGUCUUCAAUCAUAGCAGCAGUACAUUGGCAUGCUUUUACACUAAUAAAGCGAUCGGUUAACGGGCGUAAAACGUUUUUAUUACCCAAUACUAGCACAGAUAUCAGUGUAAAACAACAACUUAAAAGCCAUUUUAUUUAAAUAUUUGUAUAGUGGCAAAAUUUAUUAAAAUCAUAAAAUACAAAAAUUUCUUUUUGGAAUAUAGUCGACUGUAUCGGAGAAAAUGAGUGACGAAUUGACCAAGGAGCAAACUGCUUUACUGCGCAACGCAUUUAAUGCGUUUGACCCAGAAAAGAAUGGAUACAUUAAUACAGCAAUGGUGGGAACCAUUCUGAGUAUGUUAGGACACCAACUUGAUGAUGCUACUCUGGCCGAUAUUAUCGCUGAAGUUGAUGAAGAUGGAUCCGGUCAAAUUGAAUUUGAAGAAUUUACAACAUUGGCUGCCCGAUUUCUUGUUGAAGAGGACGCGGAAGCCAUGAUGGCUGAAUUAAAAGAAGCAUUUCGCCUUUAUGACAAAGAAGGAAAUGGCUAUAUUACCACAGGUGUACUUCGUGAAAUUCUUCGGGAACUAGAUGAUAAACUUACAAACGACGACUUAGACAUGAUGAUUGAAGAAAUUGAUUCAGAUGGAUCCGGAACCGUAGAUUUCGAUGAAUUUAUGGAAGUUAUGACAGGCGGCGACGAUUGAACGCAAUAUAUAAAUUAUGUCCAUACUUUCCAGAUUGGUAUGAAAAUAAAAGUAAUUCAAUUAUAGGAAAUAUGAAACAUAAAAGUAAAUAAAUAUUUAAACUUUCGGA